GUGCAGGAGGACUGUGUGCAGGUGCUGGACUCCCUGUCCAGGUGUGUGAAGUGGGCAGAGGGCUUCCUCCUGGUCUACUCCAUCACAGACUACAGCAGCUACCAGUCAGUCCAGCCUCUCUAUCAGCAGAUACGCAAGGUCCACCCCGAUGCCAGGACUCCCAUCAUUAUCGUGGGGAACAAAGCAGACCUCCUCCAUGCCAGGCAAGUACCGACGAAAGAGGGACUACAGCUGGCAAGUGAACUGGGCAGCCUGUUCUUGGAAAUCUCCACGAGUGAUGACUCCCAAGGCGUCUGGGAUGUUUUCCAGUAUCUUUGCAAGGAGGUCAGCAAACUCCAGCACGCCGGGAGCACGGACAGGAGGCGGUCAUCCAUCAUCCCUCGGCCCAAAUCUCCCAACAUGCAAGAUCUAAAGAGACGUUUCAAACAGGCUUUAUCAUCCAAAGUCAAAUAA